AUGGAGAGCUCAACAUCGAAGGUACAAGUCAUCAUAAAGCAUAUGCUGCGUAAAGCUCGGAUUCCUUUAGCUUUGUCUGUGGCUGGUUUCAUCUGUGCAAGGAUAAUGGCUAAAAGAAGUUUUAAUCCUAAAGAGUCUUUAUUAGAAACUGAUGAUGAUGAGCUUGAUGAUCUUCAAAAUAGAGAAUUUGAGUUGGAGAUGCAAUCUAUCCGUUACUGUGACUUGAAAGAGAGAUAUGUUGUGGAGCUGAGGAAUAUGUUGUUAUUGGAAAUGGUUCAUGUUGAGUUCUUGAACAGAGAAGUUUCAUCCAUAGAGGCUGAGAGCCAAAUGCUUGAGCAGUUGGUAGUAGAAUAUUUGAGAGUUUUGGAGCAACUCGAGUAUUGGAAAUCAAAAAAUGGAUUUCUUCAGAGAAAGGUAAAAAAGCUUUUGAGGAAAGGAAGAAGGCAAUCUCAAACAAUAAGAGAACAAGAUUUGAAGCUUGAAGCUAGGGAAGCAGAAGUUUUGAGAAUAUAUGAUGCACUAGAAACCAGGACAAAGGUUAUCAAGAAACUAGAAGAUGAAAUUGGGGAGCUGAGAGUGGUUUUGGACCAAGUGCAGGAUGAGAAAAAUGUGGUCUUGGAAAAUCUAACCACUUUGAGGUAUCACAUAUUGGAGAUUGGAAGGGACAGGAUCAACUUUGAGGUCCUCGAAAAGGAAAUAGAGCAGCUGCAGAAGGAUGAUGCAGCUGAACUGAAGGAACUGAUUUACUUGUGGUGAAGCAACGUGUGCUUAAGGCACGAGUAGAUGAGGAAUCAAACACAAAAAGAACAUCAUAAAUCAUGGCCUUGCUACAGAAUUGUGAGCAGUGAUCAGGCUUGUUCGAAAAGAAGAAAGCUAAUUCAAAGGCUUAAAAGAUGGGUGGAAGGCAGUGACAGGGGAAGAGGAAGAAGAUUGGCUGAGAAUGAAAGGCAUGAAGAAGUCAAGUGUUUUGGAAGGCAUUCUGUUUCAGAUGAUGCAGACAAGGCAUGCACAAAGCAUUGA